AAGAGACUAGAUUGACCAGACCAAAAAAUGUCGUGUUAUGGAGAGAAUUAGGUUUAUGUGUUUUCAUUUAUAUAAUCAGAAUAUGUUUUUUUGUGUUUUCGUUGCUUCGUUAAUAGUUUGCGCGUUCGAAUUUUGUGGUGCCGAUUUGGAUUUAACUUACGCAGAAGAUGUACACAGCGUCUUUCCUCGAAUGGAGGUUAAACGAAUCAAAAGAUCUCUUGGAGACGGAGAUGUAAAGGUGGUGAAACUAGGAGAUUGGUCGCUGGAGCUUGAAUCACAAGGUAAUUUAGUCCUCGCCCCAGGACUCAAGACAGAGUGGUAUAAAUUUAACAAUGUGCCUAUCUUGGAGGAACCCAAGAAAUGUAAUUAUCAUAUGGGGGUCGUGAAGGGAAUGAAAGGAUCAUCUAAGGCGGCUGUAUCUAUUUGCAAUACCCUCUUCAGGGGUUAUUUUGAGGUUGGAAAUGUUGUUAAUUUUUUCGAACCACUCGAUGAGAAGACAGGAGAGCAUGUUAUCUACAAGAGCAAAACUCACAUUCACAAACGCUCCCCUACAACUAAUCGGUGGAUAUUUAAUUUGACCGGCGACACGAUUGAUAUCGAUGAUAAUCUAGAAGAGUACGAAGAGGAGGAAAAUCAACAAGAUAUUGAAACAACAAGCGAGAAUUUUUUCGAAAUAGAUAACAUGACAAUUGUAGAUGUAGACGAUUCAGAUGAUGGUAAUUUUUCUGCGUUUCCAUUUACACAUCCAGAAGGAGCGUGGCAUCAACUAGGUGAUGAUGGAGAAGAGGAUGAUGGAUAUUUUUAUGAUAAUGAAUGGACGCCAAGUUUAAUACAAGUAAGAAAGUCCCCGAGCGGUUCCAUUUUAUCACCCAGAUGGAUGGAAAUUGCGGUCGCCGUUGACCAUACUCUAAUUUCGUUCCAUGGACGUGAAAUGGUAGAAGAAUAUGUUUUAUCUCUAUUGAAUAUAGUGAGUGCUAUAUAUCAAGAUCCAUCGCUGGAAUCAAACAUGAAAUUGGUGGUAACCAAACUACUUAUGUACGAACAUAAAAAAUAUCGACAUAGAGUCAUUAAAUCGGGAAACGCGAAAAAGUCUUUAGAAAACGUCAACUCUUGGAAUAAAGCUCUACAUGCUUCUCUACGACCUGGCGAGCCGGUACACGAUGUCGCCAUUUGGUUAACCAGAUCUGACAUUGGCGGACCGUCCGGGUAUGCGCCUGUAGGUGGAGUUUGUGAUCCUAAAAGAAGUUGCGCACUCAAUAGAGACGAAGGUCUAACUAGCGCGUUUAUAAUCGCUCAUGAAACUGCGCACAUUUUGGGCUUGAGUCAUGAUGGAGAUGAAAAAAAUGACAAUGACUGUUCCGAUGAUAUUCUGGAUGGAAGUAUAAUGGCACCGAUGGUUUCGGCUACAUUCAAUAAAUUUUAUUGGUCUGAAUGUUCCAGACGAGAAUUUAAAAAAGCUAGAAGUAAGUGGUUAUGUCUGUUGAAUUCUCCUAUCGAAAGCCUGGGAGAAAUUCCAUUAAACGCUACACUCCAAGCUUCAUUUACCAUGGAUCAACAGUGCAGGAUGGAGUUUGGGGAAGGGUACAAAAUGUGCACAGCUUUCGAAAUUAUAGAACCAUGCUCUCAUUUAUGGUGUGGUCACGAAAAAACACCCCUAGUUUGUAAAACUAAGAAAGGACCACCAUUAGAAGGCACUGAAUGCGGGUUUGGUAAAUGGUGUGUGAACGGCUACUGCGAAGAUUUUGCGAAAAGAGUCGAGAGGAUUCCGAUUGUUUUGAACCCGCAAGAUGGUCAAUGGGGUGAUUGGGGUCCUUGGGGACCGUGUACUAAAAGCUGUGACACAGGCGUGCAAUUCAGAGCAAGAAAAUGUGAUAAUCCACCGCCAUCGUUUGGUGGGAAAGUUUGCGAAGGGGAUUCAGAAGAAUGGCGUCUGUGUAAAAUCACCGAAUGCGGGUCGCAGAUUUACGUCGACCUAAGAGCUCAACAAUGUAAACAUUUGCCUAAAAUUUUUAAUUUAGUCGCUGAUAAUAUCACAUGGUUACCUUACGAAAGUGACGAAAAUGCUAAAAAAUGCAAGUUUAUAUGCUUGAAUGCCGAUAAAAGAGAAAUUUAUUUCACUGAUGAAAAUUUGGUAGAUGGAUCUCUUUGCUCUUAUGAAAAUAACGAUAAUAUAUGUGUCCAGGGAGUGUGCCACGUAGUCGGUUGUGAUGGGAUCCUCCACUCUCCAUUACGAAGAGAUAGAUGUGGUGUUUGCGGCGGAGACAAUUCAGAUUGUAUUGAGAUGAAGAGGUUUGAUAGAAGACGUCUUAAAAAAGAAUCAAGUAGAAUAUCCGUAUUUCCGGAACAAGCUCACGAGUUGAAAACAGAAAUCAAUUUAACGAAGUAUCAUUCAGAUAAUCCCGUAAUGGCUGUAAUUCUGAAAAAUAGAAAAAGAAAAAGUUAUUCAGUCAUAUCUCCAGACUCAGUGGUGCGCAAUAAAAUUUUUGAAGGUGCUAGGUUUCACUAUCAACGAGUCAAUAAUAGAUAUGCAAUUUGGGCUAAAGGACCUAUACAUUCGGAAAUGGUUGUGCUGAUAGUGGUAGAUAAAUCAGACCUUCGUUUGGGUAUUAACAUUUCCUAUUCAACAGAAUAUUCCAUUCAUAAAGAUUAUUUGUUGCCUUCUUCACGUUUCGUGUGGAUUCUUGGAGGCUGGGGUCCAUGUUCUGUUAGUUGCGAAGGAGGUAGAAGACAAAGAACAGCUGCUUGUUUCGAUAACAACAAUAACAAAAUUGUUAAAAGGACGCAUUGUUCAUUAUUUCAGAAACCGAAGCUGGACAUCGAAAGUUGUAAUACAUUCAGUUGUAGUUUUAAAUGGGUGCCAGGAGAAUGGGAGCCUUGUACUACGUCUUGUGGUACUUUAGGAGUUCAACAUAGAGAAAUCUAUUGCCUGCCAGGUUCUGUACUAGAAUCUACAAAUAGUACAAUAAAAAAUCCAUGGAGAUUCAUGGUGAAUCCAAUUAGAUGUGACGGGGACACUAAGCCGUCUAGUUUAAAAUUUUGUAACAGGAAACCUUGUUUAUCUUUUUGGACAUUUGGAAAUUGGACUCAGAUGGUGACAAUAAUGAUAGGCGACAAUGACUUUUGCUCAGAGAUUUGUCUACUCCGUAACAGCUACGAUUUGUUAAGACAACACAAAGAAGACUUACUAAUAGUUCUUAGAUAUCUAAGGGAUAAUUUACCAAGGACUAUAGUUAAUUUAGUACCAGCACCAAGAUUGGAUGUACUGUUUGAAAUGAAGAACCUCCCUUUAAAAUGUUAUAUUGUUCAAAGUACGGUUUGUUCGUGCAUGAGAGGUUUAUUGUACAAAAAUAUGAGGAAAAUAAUGAGCGACAUUAUGAAAAAAUGGCAGCAGGUAGAUAUCGAAGUUAGCAAUUUACCCGAAUUUGAUUUAGAAGAUUUUACUGUGAUAGGUCAUACUUAUACGUUAAACUACUCGUUCCCUAGGACUCCACAAGGGAAACCUGAUUAUACUUUCCUAGCGCCUGAUUGUUUCCAUUUUUCGGAAAAAUCACAAGCAAGGUUCGCAAACGAUUUGUGGAAUUCGCUAUUGGAACCUGUUGGUAACAAGAGCACAGAUGGUACUCCAACAUUUUCAAAAUUUAAUUGUCCUUCUGAAGAACAUCCUUAUAUUUACACAAAGCAUAAUAGUCAAUUGCCUCAUUCAUUCCAAAGUGUGGAGAAGACCUUUGAACUACCCAAUUAGAACAUUUAUACAAAUUAUAAAUAAAUAGUUCUCAUAAUGAAUUGCUUCUCCUAUUAUUUAUUUAUUAAGAGCUUAAAGAAGACUGGAACUGAAAAAACAAGAGACAUUUAUAAAUUGUUGUAUAAAUUGCAAUAUUAAGAAGUUCGCCUUCCAUACAAUUUCUGUUAAUGUCCUGCAAGCAGUAAAUUUUUUUGUCUAAAGCCUGGGAAGAAGUGACACCUCACAACUAUACAGCAUUCUUUUAGAUAUGCAAGUUUGUAUCAAUUCUAAGAAUUGUGGAAAGGUGGAAACACAACCAGACUUUCCAGUAAUUGAGUGGUUUAACAUGAUAGGAAACUUCAAGGAAAAUUUUCAAACUUAUAUUGGAUUAAACAACCGCCUGAUUACAACGACUUCCGGAAGUUUGGGUACUGUGAAGAAAAUUGAGGUUGAAUUAGAUGUGAGAAUUAAAGAAGCUCUAAACCAAUGCUACCCAAAGUGGUCCAGGUGAACCUCCAAUAGUAUAAUGUAGACUCGACAAGGAUCUAAGUAAAUUUCCUUCUUCAGAACUCAUCCUCGUAUUGCUGGAAGAAUUUUGAAAAUAUGAUAUAAUGUUUUUAUGUAUA